AUGCGUCGUUCAACAAUUAAUUCAUUAGUACAAGAAAAUCCAACUAAUUAUACAUAUUCAAAUUCUCAAAUACAAACAAAUGUUUUAAGAUGUGCACAUUGUUUUGCACCUAAAUCAAAUGAUUUAUAUACACGAUUUUGUACGGAAUAUGGUCUACCUUGGCAAAAACUAACUCAUAAUCCACCGGAUAAUUAUUCAACUAAUAUAUGUACAAAUUGUAAAUCUACUAUUCCAUUUAAUUCUAACACAUGUGUUGUAUGUGAAACACCAGUAUCCAAAGAACCACAACAGCGACCAACUUCUCAAAAUCAGACAAGAAUUCUAUGUCCUCAUUGUAAAUCAACAAAUCCAAUACAUUUACGAACAUGUUAUAUUUGUGAAAAUGUAUUAAUGCCAACAUCAACACCACCAGAAAAACGAACUUCAAUUUCAAUUCUAACAAUAUCAAAACAAACAAAUACAAUGAUGAUAACAUGUUCAAAAUGUUUUCGUUUAAAUAAUGCUAAUGCUCGUUUUUGUGAUUGGUGUGGUGCAUAUCCUGAACAUAUAUUUACAUCAAUACAAUGUACAAAAUGUCAUACUAAUAAUGAUUCAUUUGCAAAAUUUUGUUCAGCAUGUGGAUGUGUUAUUGAACCACCAUUACGUAUUAUUGAUACACGUCGUAAAAACGAUUUGAAUAUUUCAUCUUCAUCGAUGAUUGCUAGUACAUUAACACGUAAUUCAGUUAAUCCUGUAUGGCUUAAUGCAAAUACAACAUUAACUAAUUAUCAUCAAUCAUAUUCAACAAUUAAAAAAGAAGCUGCAACACAAACAUAUGGAAUUUAUUAUCCAAGUGCAAAAGAUAUUGAUUUAAUUAUAACACAAAAUAAAAAAUUAUUAAAUGGAAAAGAAUUAAAAGAAUAUCGUCCAAUAUUAACAUCUACAAGUCCAGGAAAAGGAUAUUGGCAACAACAAUUAGAUCAUAUUUGUGCUCAUUUAAAAACUUAUGCAGUUAAUCGACCAGAUUUUCAAUCAUUGAUUGGUGAACCACGUAUGGGUAAUAUGAUUCAUGCAACUGUCCAUGAAAAUGAAUAUCAAGUAACUAUACAAACAGUAUUUCGCAAACCAGAAAAUCUUUCACAAUCACCAUUUUUUAUUAAUGAAACAAAUGAAUAUUAA